GCCCUAUGCAACUGCGACAGGCGAAGACGAUGUAGUUCACCGGUAAUCUGCAUUGCCCCAAACCAUUGGGGAUCUACAUGGCACGCCUUACCCCGGAGUCGCGCCCUUAUGCACGCUUCGCAAUACCUAUGCUGCCCUCCCUUCGUGACGGCCCGUCCAGCAAUGUCUUCAUCUCAUCUGUCUUUACCCAUACCAGGGAAGCAUGUCUGCAACUAGAGCGCUAUCCGAUUUUGCAACCGCUACCUCGACCGCUACAACGUCUAGCCCAACGCUACAAGUCGUCUGCGCCUGGCCCAUUUCGUCCAACUACGGAGCCGGAUCAAGGAUCCUGUACUAUGUGCUCGUCGCCGCAUGUGUAACUUUUCGCAAAGCAGAAUGGCUGCGAAACACCUGUCUGGCAGCCGUCUUGAUUCUGCCGGCCAUCUCGGCCCUGCAGGCCCUCGUGCUAGCAGCCGCGCAUACGAAUGGCGGCGUCGAUAUGGAUAUUUACGGCGCUUUCCAGUUCUGCGCAAUUGGCAUUUUAGCAGCGCCUCUCACUGUGAGACUGUCGCGAACCUAUUUCCAGUCUCCCGGUCGCAACAUAAUUUUUCUCUGGACGAUACUGAUCUUGAUGGGGCUGUUGGCCCUCUGCGUCGAGUUCUACCGGGUUACUCCGACGGCCUGUAGUAGCGACGACAAUGGGAACCCUUUCCAAGGUGCCGCUAAAUUUCCGUACGAGCAUGCUAAUUGCAAUUUGACGUGCUCUGAAAGCGUGGGUCCAAACUCUCCGAUGCGAGGCGGAUCUGCCGCCGACGUCUAUGUCAUUCCCGUGCCGCGCAUCCUGACUUUCAACGCCGCCAUGCUGCUCUCGGCCGGGUUUUGCAUACCUGCGAUACUGUCUCUGAUCUUUACCUGGGAUAAGAUCCUGGAGAUCAACUGGAAGAGACGACGUCACGUGGAACCGCUAGACGCUCGGAUCGAGGGGGCCAACAUGACCGUUGGGGAGAUGAAAGGCAUCAACAACGUCGUGAGAAAGUUCUUGAGCGUCAUUGAGAUACCGUUGUUUGGCGGGGUGAUUAUUACAAUCAUUGGGGUCGGGGAAGCAAACUUCUUCAGCCCUCAGGUGCGACAUAUGACGGAACCUAUGGCUUCGAUUGGGCAAUGGUCACCCAUAGCCGGAACAAUCUUGGCCGCACUUGGCUCUCUAUAUAUCCUGUGGUCGACUGGUGGUGACGAGGCUCCGCAGGGGAAGCCUGUGGAUCAUUAUGAGAACUCUGGCUCAUCGCGCCCCAGUCGUAGUAGCGAGCGACGACCAUCUCCGCGGCCUCCUUCCUCCACCUACUUCAGCCCCAAGGGUAUUACAGAGAACGGCUUGGGCAUACGCUCAGAGUCGCCCAACGCUAUUGAACUGAUCCCAACUAUCACGCAUCCCGGCUCCGAAUGCCCCCACCCCAGCCCUUCUCCUCAAGAUGAUCAGCAAGAGAAUACUCAAGCCGAUCAGCCGACAGCUGGCAGAAACGUUGUGCGCAAAUGGCUGACUUCUGCUGGCAAUUAUCUGGGCGACGCUGCCCAUGAGAAGCUCGAUACAGAUCACGUCGGCAACGACGAAGACACUCAUAGGUUUCCCGAAGUUCCUGGCGAGGUCCUACGAAAUCCCGAUCUAGAAAGGAUCAGUCGCACGUACAGUAAACUCCGCGAAGAAAGGGAAAAUAGCGUAUAUGCGGCAAGCAUUGCAUCUACAUCAGGUAUCGAGGGCAGUACAUCUCCGCCUCCUAUACAGGAUUCGCCGCGUCCCGAUAUCAGCCCUGUCCGACGACCAGAACGAAGGGCUACGCUGGAAGUACCAAAGGAAGUGCAUCGUAGGAGCGAGAGCCAUUGACCGAUUAUAGCCCAAACCAGGCUUCCGAUACGGUCAGAUGCGAAGGAACGCUAUGGCCGACACCUACUGCCCAGAUGCCUUCAACACUCGGGCCGAAGUCGUCAGUGCGGUAGUUGCGCUCUGGCGUAUCUUUCCU